AUUGUAUUGAGUGACAUGGCAUAAAAAAUGUAGCGACCCAAUUCUAGAAUCGAGUCCCGGCAUAAAACCGAACAUGUUUUUCGACAUAAACUAUCAUAAAUGUCGCGAAGCUGGCAAUGGCACUACCCACAUCAUCUGAUUUUCUUAUUCUUCAUUCUAUUAUUUUCUGACGAUUAUCUGAUGCAAGACCAGUUAUAGGGCAAGCUGCCCACCUGGAAAAACAUUUUUCGGUCUCUCAGUCGGACUCAUUAGAAAGAACAUUUUUUUUGGGUAGGCUAUUUCAAUUCGCAUCGAAUAUCAUUUAAACAAGCACUCAAAAUUCUUAUGUCCACCGCUCACGAUAUAAAAACCAAAGACUCGCUCUUAGCUCAGGUCAGUCUAUAGUUGUUGUUGGACUAAACCACAAGAAGACAUCAUGGAGGCUCAUUCCGUUCUCGCGGCACUGCUGCUUGGCAUUUAUUGCACGGCCAGUGCAACAUUAUUGAACUGUAAUUGUGAGCCAGGGCCAAGAGGACCACCAGGACCACCAGGACCGCAAGGAUCACAAGGACUGCCUGGUCUUUCAAGUGGUGGUGGCCUAAUUGGUGGAGGUGUUAUUGGUGGCGGUGGACUUUGGCCACCGUUUCCAGUGCCCCCAUUUCAGGGACCUAUGUUAGGUCCAAGAGGCUUCCCAGGAGCAUCAGGGCUACCGGGACCACCGGGACCACCGGGACCGCCAGGAUACUGUUUCCCUUGCCCGUUUAAUUUCUUUGGAUUACGACCAGGUUUCGGCCCAAUAGUCGGACCAGGACCAAUAAUCGGACCAGGACCAAUAAUCGGACCAGGACCAAUAGUCGGACCAGGAUUAGGAACCGGACCAGGAGCUAAUGCCAUUGGCCAGGGUACUGCUAUUGGCAAUAUUGUUAUUAUCCCACCGACCCCCAAUAAUCGCGCCAUGUUCUUCCGCAUCACACCCGAUGGCCAAUUGAUCCGCCUUGAAAGUCCCAAAAAUGAGCUCGCUGAGAUUCUACCGAGUAAUUUCCAAGAAAUCAUCGCCCAACAGUCUGCCGUGCCAACAGCUGCCUCCUCAGAAACAGGCAUAACACCACCCACAGAGUCCGCUACCGAUGAUCAGUCGCCCGAUGGCCUGGAUGAGAUGUUUGCAGCAGAGACGAUACGCAAGGAAAAUGGCAACUCUGAAGCAAACGAUUGGCGUCGUGUCCUCCUGCUGGGCGAGCCGCCAGCAACAAAGGCUGCCUCCCCAGAGCCGGGCACCGCCAAACAGCUAGAAAACAGCAUGGACAGCUUUCAACAAGCGCUGAUCGAUCUUAGGGAUAAGUAUUCCUCUCUAAUGCACGCUCCACGCGCCAGCCAUCCACCAUAUGCAGUUAUUGUAUAGACACUCGCUUUAAUAAAACACGUACUCAUAAUUUCAAUAAAAGUUCUUGACAGAGGA